CACCUCUCUCCUCCCGACGUCCCUUGUAGCCCUCUCUCGACCCACCCUCCUUCCUCCUCCACUCAAACCAUGCCACAAACUUAACGAGCUUCUUUUGUUCUUCCAAAGCGAUUAAUCGAGAGGAAAGAUCGAUCGGAUGGGGAACAGUUUGGGCGGGAAGAGAAAGAAGAUAGCCAAGGUGAUGAAGGUGGACGGCACCACCCUGCGGCUGAAGCCGCCGGCGCAGGCCGCCUCCGUGCUGCGCGACCACCCGGGCUACACCCUGCUCGACGCCGAGGAGGUCAAGCGCCUCGGCGUCCACGCGCAGGCGCUUGAACCGGAGGCGCAGCUACUGCCCGGGAGCCUCUACUUCCUCGCGGAGCUGCCCCGGGCGCCGAGCCACCGCUCGGCGCGGCGCGCCUGGUCGGGCGCUCUCCAUGUCGGCGCCAAGGAGCGGCUCGAGAGCCUCCGCCUCUCCCGCCGCACCAUGUCGGACCUCUCAGUUCCCGCCGCCGGCUCCGGCCUCCAGUCGCCGAUCGCCGCGGCGGAGGAGACCAAGGACGGCGGGCUCCGGUUGAAGAUGAAGCUUCCGAAGGCGCAGGUGGAGAGGCUGAUGCAGGAGAGCAAAGACCCCGCGGAGGCCGCCCGGAGGAUCAUGGAGCUCUGCGCCGCCAGAGAAAGCGCUGCCACGACGCCCUCGUCAGCCAUGUCCUCGCCGGAGCCGCCGACCCCGACGCUGCGCACCUCGCGCACCCCGAGCACUCCACGCACGGAGAAGAGAACGAGGUUCGUGGCGUUGCCGGAUGAGAUCAUCGCAUGAUAAUGAAUUGCUCUGAAGAUUAUUACACUUCAAUUAGCGGAGAAUGAUUAGGUGGUUAGGGUGCUUGUAAAAUGAAUUAAAUGAAGAGAUUAAUUAAAAAGGAUAUCUCCGUGGAGGUGGAGCAUGAGAAGCUGCAUGCCUCGAUCGGGCGCUUCCGAUUCCCCCCACGAGAAUCUACAAAUCUAGUUAGUGAAUGUGCUUGGCAUUGUUUGUUUGAUUUAAUGUUUCUUUAUAUAUAUAUAUGUGGUAAUUGGUUUCAUGUUUAAAAUAUAUGUUUUAAAAAUAUAUAUAUUCAACUCGUUCACA